CCUGUUCCCUCCUGCCAGGCCAGGCGCUUAUCUCUCCCCAGGCUGAGUGCCGGCCCCGCCUCCUGGGGGAGCUGCCGCUUCGAAGGUCCGGAUCCGGGAAGGGCCUGGUCAGCUGUGUCCGGCGGAGGCAGCUGUUGACCCAGCUGUGGACUGUACAACGGGUGCAGGACUGAGGGGCUGGAGCCCUGGGCUCCCUGGGGCGGUGGGGGCGACUACAUCAUGGCUCACUUCAGGUCACCCCUCUGGUCUCCAGUUGGUCCCCUCUGUCUCCUGCUUGCUGGGACAGCCUGGGCACCCCUGCCCAGCCUCCCAGACCCCAAGUUUGAAGGCAAAGCGGCCCUGCUGGCCGCGCGCGGCUCCGACGACCUCCUGUGCUUCACCGAGCGCCUGGAGGACUUGGUGUGCUUCUGGGAGGAAGCGGCGAGCUCCGCGGAGAGCUCCGACUAUAGCUUCUCCUACCAGCUCGAGGGCGAGCCACGAAAGGCAUGCCGCCUGCACCGGGCGCCCACCGCCCGCGGCGCGGUGCGUUUCUGGUGCUCGCUGCCCACCGCCGACACGUCGAGCUUCGUGCCGCUGGAGCUGCACGUCACAGCCGCGGGCGCUGCGCGCUACCACCGCAUCAUCCACAUCAAUGAAGUGGUGCUGCUGGACGCCCCCACGGGGCUGCUGGCGCGCAGGGCCGAGGAGGGCAGCCACGUGCUGCUGCGCUGGCUCCCGCCGCCUGGGGCACCGAUGACCACCCACAUCCGCUACGAGGUGGACGUCUCCAUCGGCAAUGGAGCAGGGGGAGUGCAGAGGGUGGAGAUCCUGGAGGGCCGCACGGAGUGCGUGCUGAGCAACCUGCGCGGCGGGACGCGCUACACCUUCGCGGUCCGCGCACGCAUGGCCGAGCCCAGCUUCGGCGGCUUCUGGAGCGCCUGGUCUGAGCCUGUGUCGCUGCUGACCGCCAGUGACCUGGAUCCCCUCAUCCUGACGCUCUCUCUCGUCCUCGUCCUCAUCUUGCUGCUGCUGGCACUGAUGGCCCUGCUCUCCUAUCGCCGGGCUCUAAAGCAAAAGAUAUGGCCUGGUAUCCCAAGCCCCGAGAGUGAGUUUGAGGGCCUCUUCACCACCCACAAGGGCAACUUCCAGCUGUGGCUGUCCCAGCAUGAUGGCUGUCUGUUGUGGAGCCCCUGCACCCCCUUCACAGAGGACCCACCUGCCCACCUGGAAGUCCUCUCUGAGCGCCGCUGGGGGGUGACCCAGGCAGGGGAGCCAGGGGCAGAUGACGAGGGGCCCUUGCUGGAGCCGGUGGGCAGUGAGAAGACUCGGGACACCUACCUGGUUCUGGACAAGUGGUUGCUACCCCGGAGUCCAAGUACUGAUGACCUCUCAGGCCCAGCUGGUGGCAGUGUGGACGCAGCAGCUGUGGGUGAUGGUUCCGAAGCAUCCUCCUCGUGCUCAUCUGCCUUGGCCUUGAAGCCCAGGCUGGAGGGUGCCUCGGCUUCCAGCUUUGAGUACACCAUCCUGGACCCCAGCUCUCAGCUUUUGCAGCCCCGCGCACUGCCUCCUGAGCUGCCUCCCACCCCACCCCAUCUAAAGUACCUAUACCUCGUGGUGUCUGACUCAGGCAUCUCAACUGACUACAGCUCGGGGAGCUCCCAAGGAGUCCGAGACUCAUCUGAUGGCACCUACUCCCAUCCUUAUGAGAACAGCCUUAUUCCAGUGCCAGAGUCUGUGCCUCCCAGCUAUGUGGCCUGUUCUUAGGACUCCAGCCUACAGUUGCUUGGGAAUCCAACAAAACUCCAAGGCCAGUCCAGGCCCAAGACUUAUUCAACAGGGUCUGUGGGGCCACCCUCAGGGCUAAAGGUAUGACUAACCAUCCAACCCAUCAUGGACAGGAAGCUACAACUUCAUAGUAUUUUUAAAGAUGUAUAGCUAUCUGUUUGUAUAUGUGGAUAUAUAUGUAUACAUUUUUCUACCAUGAUUUUUUUUAGACAGGGUCACAUGUAGCCCAGGGUCACUCUGUAACCAAGGAUGACCUUGAAAUCCUGAUCUUCUUGCCUGCUUAAGUGCUGGGAUUACAGGUGUGCAGCAUACCACCUGGUUUAUUCAGUGCUGGGGAUGAAACCCAGGGCUUUGUGCAUGUGAGGCAAGCCCUCCGCCAGUUGAGCCACAUCCCAUCCAUCUACUAGACCAUCUACUCUUCUUUCCCUGGGCCCGGACCAUAGAGACAGUAGUUCACCCUCAGACUGAAAUGCUACAUCUGGGGCUGGAGAGACAGCUCAGCAGUUAAAGGCACUUGUUUGCAAUGCCUGCUGGCCCAGGCUCGGUUUCCCAGUACCCAUAUAAAGCCAGGUACAAAGUGGCCCAUGCAUUUGAAGUUCGUUUGUAUAUUAAGAGACCCUGACACAACCAUGGGCAAAAAAUAAAACGUUUGAAAAAUGAAGUUCUAGAUCUGGCAAAAUCUCAACAGCAACCAUCAUGAAUUAGACAGUGUAAAUUUAAAUUAGCUACGAAAACAUGCAGCACCUAGAUCCUAGAGGCUUAACCCCACUGAGUUGUUUCUUACUCAUAUAACUCAGGGGCAGCCGUCUGGGAUGAGUCAGAAGCCUAAAGUGUUGUGAUGUGUAGGUUCAUCUUUCCUUAGGAUCAUCUUGGGGUCCUCAGAGUGGAUCCUCUUUGACCUGCUAGCCAACAAGGGAAGAGACUAUAUUUUAUGGGCCAUUUUGGGAAUUUGGCCUGAAAAAUGAGCUGUCUCUUUCACAUCUAUUGGCUAGAAAUAAUCAUGUGACCCAAGGGAUGCUGGAAAAUGUUCACAUGACUGGGGCUGGAGAGAUGGCUCAGCAGCUAAGGCGCUUGAUUGCCUGCAAAGCCCAAGACCCAGGUUUGAUUCGCCAGUGUCCACAUAAGCCAGAUGCACAAGUGGAGUUCCUUUGCAGCAGCUGGAGUGCUCUCACUCUUUCUCAAAAUAUUUGAGAAAAAAAAAUGUUCACAUAACUCAAAAGAUGCUGGGAAAUGUACACCCAAUGAAAGGGAAACUGCUUAGCAGGCUUCUAGCUAAUCUCUGCUAUUAAUAACAACACAUAAGCUUCAUUCUGAAAGUGACAAGAUACUUCUUUUGGCUUUUUGAUAUAUUUUUUAAAAUUUAUUUGGGAGAGAGAGAGAAUGGGCAUGCCAGGGCCUCGAGCCACCACAAACAAGCUCCAGAUGCAUGCAUCAUUUUAUGUAUCUGGGUUAUGUAGGAGUUGAACCUGGGUCCUUAGGCUUCUCAGGCAAGCACCUUAACUGCUAAGCCAUCUCCCCAGUAUUGGGUUUGUUUCUUUGAGACAGGUUUUUCACUUAGCUCUGUCUGUCUUUAAGCUUCAUAAUGGAGGAUGACCUUGAAUUCCUGAUCCUUCUGCCUUUGCCUCCACAGUGAUAUAUUACAGGCAUGCACCACUAUAGCUGGCUUUAUGUAGGGAUACAAUCACAUAUGGAAUUAUAUGCAGUGGGGAAGACAGCAUGGUAGUACACUUUUGUAAUCCUAGCACAUAGGUGGUAGAGGCAGGAGGAUCAUGAGUUUAUACAUAUAUAUAUGAAAAAUGUGACUGAGGGCUGGAGAGAUGGCUUAGCAGUUAAGGCACUUGCCUG